AUGAACCCCGCCUCGACAGCCUGUCCGUGCAGGUGCUCCUGUCUGACUCUCCUGGCAGUGGCUUUGGGUGGCUGCUUCGUCUUGGAGCAGCCAGGGAGCUCAGUGCUUGAGUUCUAUCCGGCCUUUCGGCACGCUUUGACUUCCAUGGUCAUGGUGUCUGGGGUUAAUUCGGUUUGCCGUGUGGGCUGGUGGAUGGGGCAUUACAAUGCCCGAUCAGCAAAAAGGCAAUAUGCCUACUCCAAUUCUGCGGCUAUCCGGAAGCUGAACCUAGGUGCUCUCAAGGCCACAGCCCGGAAGAAGAUCAAGCAAAAGGUAGCAACAACGAUUAGGUCCCUGGGGCCUGAUGGAGCCCAACGAUACACUGCAUCGAAACACUUGAAGCCCUCGGAGAUAUAUCCUCUACAGUUUGCAGAAGCCGUGGCCGACAUCCUCGAUGACUUGAAAUCUACUUGCAAAGGCUGCCCCCGUCUGCCCGGCCAGGUUCCAUCAGGCCUCGAGCUGUACGCCGCGGCCACAACGCCGGAUGAUGUGCGCCUCAUGUACGAGACUGCUCAGCUUGGAGAUGUCUACGAUUAUCUACGGGGUUGCAAGUACCUACACAUCCCGGCAGAAUGGCGAUGUCUUUUCCCGGUACGUUAA